AUGGGCGCCGAUAGCUUAAUGGUCCUGCAGGGCCGCAGUGAGCGGCCGGCGAUGGCCGCGGGAGGCGUCCGCCUCUGCCGCUGCCUCUGUGUGUGGCUCUGCCUUUGCAUCUGCGUGUGGCUGUGGGGUCUGCAGGGCAGCGCCGCGCCCCUGGGGGACCCGGAGCAGGCCGGCUUCUUCGAGGGAGACAUCAUCCUGCAGCCCUCGCAGGUGGCCAGCGUCCUCCGUGGCCGCCAGGAACGCAACCUGGUGGCAGACGACAGCCAGCUGUGGCCGAACGCGACGCUCUACUACGAGGUGUCGUCAGAGUUCACGGCAGCGCAGCGCAAGGCGCUGGAGGCGGCCAUCGCAGACCUGCAGAAGGAGACGUGCGUCCGCUUCCGCCGGCGCACCACGCAGCGCACAUACCUGCUGUUGAGGAACGCCGGCCGCGGAUGUGCGUCGCCAGUAGGCUACAUGGCAGGGGCAGGCGCGAUGUCGGUGUACCUGCGACAGCCGGGCUGCGCCCGCCGCGGCACGGUCCAGCACGAGCUGCUGCACACGCUCGGCUUCUGGCACGAGCACACGCGCGCCGACCGCGACCGCCACGUCACCGUGCACUGGGAGCGCAUCCAGCCAGGUCGAGAGUUCAACUUCAAGAAGCGACCGGCGUCGCAGACGCGCACGCUGGGGCUGCCGUACGACUACGGCAGCGUGAUGCACUACCGGGCGCGCGCCUUCUCCAGGGACGGCUCCAGCCUGACGCUGGAGCCGCGCGACCCGGCCGCCGUCGCCGUCAUGGGCCAGCGCGAGCGCUUCAGCCGCGGCGACGUCGCCAAACUGAACCGGCUGUACCGCUGCCCGCCGCCCUUCUACCUGGGCGACGACCUGCUACAGCCAGCUGCCGCCGCCCCCUCCAACUCCACAGCCAGCAACUCGUCGGUAACACAAGUGGUUCCACCCACUAGCACCGUUGCUAGCACCUCAUCACAACCAAGCGACAAGAAAGGUAGCGCACACAACAACAUCGACACUUACGGACCUCCACUACAAGCUGUUGGGAACGAAAUUUCCUCCAGCAGCUCACAUUCCCUAGAAAAAGAUGAUGAAGAGAGGCGAGAUCGCCAGUGGCGAUUCGAGGAAACUACCAAAAAGUCUUCAGUGGAGUGACAUUACGUGGCAAGAAUCGUCUGUGAUAGCGAAAUCAUUGAAGA